AGUAUAAAAAGAAAUGCAGAGAAACAACAGGUGAAAAGCACUUAUGAUCCAAGGAGGUGAAGACAUAAUAAUCAAGAAAUACAAGAAAAUAGACGAUGAUCCACUGCAACCUUGUUGCUUCUCUCCUACUGCUAUCGCUUAGUGUCAGCGGCACCACAAACCGGUCGGAGCUGCAAUGUGUCCAAAUGAUCAGAGUGCCACGAAACACAGUGUUUAGAGCUCGUGUUAUGACAGAGUUGAAGAUAAACUGUACUAUUACUCAACAUGGAUGUCACAGGAGCCCACAAGUCUCAUGGUGCAAAAUCUAUGGAAAUCACUGUAAAGCUUUAAAUCUCUCAAAUUAUAUAGAAACUGAGUGGAAGGAAAUGACAGAGCAUAAAGGGAUGGCUUUCCUGACUUUCCUGAAGCUCUCAAUGGAGGACGCAGGUUUAUACAGAUGUAAAGAAGGUGACAACUCUGUUAGCCAUGUUAUUAAUGUCACUGUAACAGGUGAUAUGAAUACAUCUCCAAAGAAUGAUCUGCAGUGGGUCUGGCCAUAUGUGUACAUCUGCACUGGAAUAGCGGGGCUGGUGUUAGUUAUGGCUGUUACAUUACUUUAUGCUGUUAGACGCCAAGGGAGAAAAUCGACAGGAAAAGAUAUGGCAUGUAAAAAUCAGUGCAUAAAAACACAAAAAAGCGACCUGCUUCUUCCUCCUCAUCUCUGCCUGAACUCAGACCUGCUGACCUCUGUCAUAUAUCGUGUCUAAGAAACUAUACAUCAGAAGAAGAGAAUGCUCUUUUGUAUGCUUCUGAAUCUUCAGGCAAUGUCAUGUGGUCUUUGAGACAACUUUUUUUGUGAUCUGACUAUAAAGAAAUUUAGUUCAUAUAUUGCAGUUCCGAUUGAUUUAAAGUAGUAAUAUGACAUACAGUGGAAGA